AUGGCCUCUUGGCACAAGGGCGAGGAGAAGGCCAGCCGACAACGAGCCAUCAAACGAGGAGACAGCGGGCCCAAAAAUAGUCUAGAUACGGCACCAAUCAACGGGGCGGGAGGGGGGCGGGAGGAAACGGCGCGGGAAGAAAGCAAGCGAGAAGAGACCGACCGCGUGACGUGACAUGUUGCGGUUGAAUUUCAGCGACUAGUUUUUCUGUUGCCCUCUCCCCCGUUUGCUGUCGCGUUCAGACUGUCUCUACGGAUAUCCCUGUCUCUGUGCGAGUUUGUUUAUGUCCUCGUCUUUCUUUGGUUUAUUUCGUUUUUUUUUUUUUUUCUGGCACGUACUGUUGACCCUUGGGGUCCUUCCGGAAGGCUACCCCCAGGCUGGUGGUGCGCACGUUCCACUAUUUGUUUAUAUAUUUGUUUAUGAUUUUUUUGUUUUCUUGUAUUUUAUC